AUGUUCAGAUUCUUUUAUAUUAUAUUUUAUCUAUGGAUAAUUAAUGGUUUACAAUCAAUUUUCUAUGAUACGGAUCCAUUUGGAUUUGAUUGUUUGCAUUAUUUUCCACCUGACUUAGAAUUUUCUGAAAUGGUUAAAUAUUGUAUUCGUCCAAAUAACGAGAUGAAUUUGACAACAGUAACUCAUUUUUUUAAUAUAUCUGAUGACAAUUUUACUUUCAAUGAGUUAUAUCAUCUAAAUGUUACUUCAUAUGAUAUUCUUCUAUGGUCGUCAUCGAUUGAUGUUGCUGAACAAUAUCAAUAUUAUCUCGACCGACCAUUUCUAUCUAAUUUAUCGAAUGAAACUUUCUUUAAUUGUACACGUCCAUGGUUUGGAUCUCGAUGUCAAUAUUCACUGGAAAUAAAUGAAGAUGUAUUAGUCCGAAAUCCAUGCGAAAUGACUUCAACAUAUAAUAUAUUUCAACAAACGUGUUACAUUCAUUUAGAAUGUGAUCGUGGUGGCCCAUCGAUUUGCCUUGAUUGGCGUGAGAUAUGUAAUGGUCGAAUUGAUUGUCUAAAUAGUGGUAUUGAUGAAAUUGGAUGUUUUGAUUUAGAAAUAAAUCAAUGUAAUGAAAAUGAAUAUCGAUGUCAUUAUGGAUUAUGUAUUCCAAAAAUAUUUUUACAAAUCGAAUCUUUUCAAGCACAAUGUCUUGAUAGAUCGGAUAAGAUUAUUGAAUAUGGUUUAUCAGUAUCUGAUUAUCGAUCAUAUAUAUAUGAAGAUCAUGAAUUUGUAUGUCGACCUGAUCAAGGACAGUUUUCAUGUGGAAAUGGGCAAUGUGUAGAAGAUUUUGGCCAAUGUCAAAAUAAUCGACAUUUAGCAUUGAUUCAAUCAAUUAGUAUUCAAGAAAAUUUAUCAUACUCAUGUUGGACAGUUAUGAUUUGUCUUAGUAAAAUCAUGAAUGAAAUCCAAAAUGUAAUAUGUGAUCAGUUCACGCAAUCUUCUGAUAUAACUGAAGAAUUUCAAAAUUGUACGUUUCCUCUUGAAUUUCCUGUUAAACCUGUACUUUUUGGUCAUGUACGAUUUUUAUAUGAUCCAAAAGAAAUUGAAAAUAUUAAUAUAACAUUAGCUCUUAAACCUGAUUAUAUUUGUUAUAAUGAACAAUUAUGUGAUUUUCUCACACCUACAUUUUAUCAUAAAAACUUAACCUGUCGAUACGGGAAUCAAACAGGCCUUGACUUGAAUGUCGAAUUAACUACAUGGAACUCUAUUAUCGAUUCAGUCAAACCAUACUUUACUGGUUGUAUCACUCAACGUUAUCAAAACAUCAGUUCUCACUAUUCAUCAUUAUAUCAUUGUGCGAACUCUUCAAAAUAUAUUUCUAAAUAUCGUAUCGUUGAUGAUAUACCUGAUUGUUUUCUAAAAGAUGAUGAACAAGUAUUGGAAUUGAGUUGCUUAUUAAAUCAAACGCUUCGAUUUCAAUGUUCAAAUGAGAAACAAUGUCAUUCACCUAUCAUUUCAAGAAAGAUAUGUUCUACUUCGACACAGAUAAAUUACAAUGAGAUUUUAUUUUAUCAAAUAUGUGAUCGUAUUCAGAAUUUCCCUUUAAUAUUGAUCAAUGGACAACACCAUUCAGAUGAAACUGAUUGUGAACAUUGGCAAUGUAAUAAUAUUUAUACACGAUGUGAUGGAUUUCGAAAUUGUCCGAAUGGAGAGGAUGAAAAGAAUUGUACACAAUUAAUUAAAUUAAAUCAUUUUCUUUUUUGUAUUUCACCAGAAAAUUAUACAUUUAUGUGUUUACCAGCUGAUCAAGUUAGGAAUGAAACUGUCGAUUGUCUUGGAGUAUCAUUCGAUACAGAUGAAUAUUUUCAAAUGAGCAAUAUUACUAUGGAAACAUACAAAUUUCGUUAUUGGAAUUAUGCGAAAUGUAAUGAAGAUGAAAAUACUUGUGAAGAACAUCAAAAUUGUUUUAUAUAUAAUAAUUAUCAAUUGUGUGUUAAUCACUUAAAACUCUAUGAUUUAAAUGAUCUUUUCAAUGUGCAAAACAUUGAAUGUCAAAUUGUCAAUACAGGUUAUGUUGAAUUUUCAUUAGAUACUGCAUUAAUUUAUCCAUCUUUACAGAAUAUUCAAAAUUAUCCUUUUAAUAAUCAAACUUAUGACGAAAGAAAAGAAUUAUUCUUUCAGAAUUUAACACAAUCAAAUAUUUGUAUUUAUGGUUUAUAUGUCUAUCAUCGGCAUGGAGUUGAUAAUUACGAUGGUUUAUGUUUCUGUCCACCAAGUUAUUAUGGUUCACGAUGCCAAUAUCAAAAUCAACGUGUCAGUUUGACUCUCGUAUUGGCAACUGUUAAAAAGCCGAUUAUUUAUGCUAUUGUUGUUACUUUAAUGGAAGAUGAUAAUGAUCAACAAGAAAUUCAUUCGUAUCAUCAAUUUACUUAUGAAUCGGACAAAUAUUGUGGUAAACCUGUUAAUAUUUAUCUAUUAUAUUCAAAUCGAGGAAAGAACAAUGCAAAAAACUAUAGCAUUCGUAUUGACGCAUUUGACAAGAGCUCAUUAACGUAUCUAUUAAGUUGGCAUUUAAAAAUUCCAUUUAUUUUUUUACCAGUUAAUCGACUGAGUGCUUUUUUGACUAUUCCAACAUCUCGACCAUUGAAUUUUAAUCAUUGUAAUCUUCAAUGUCAUAAAGGCACCUGUAUGAAAUAUCAUAAUGAAGAACGAUUCUUCUGUCGAUGUAAUCCAGGUUGGUCCGGUGCACAAUGUCAUAUUCCAAUCGAUUGUAGUAUGUGCGCAUCACAUUCAGUCUGUAUUGGUUCGAUUCAAAAUCGAUCAGUAUGUGUAUGUCCUCAAAAUAAGUUUGGUUCAUAUUGUCGUCUUAAACUAAUGUGUCCAGUAGGAUUUUGCAAAAAUAAUGGUCGAUGUGUCGUAAUCGAUGAGACAAUGAGAGAUGAAAGUUAUAUAUGCUUAUGUCCUGAACAAUUUUUUGGAUCAAAAUGUGAAUAUAUUCAUAGUAGAAUAGAGAUUUACUUUAAGAAUAUUGAAAUUCCAUCAUACCUACUAGUUCAUAUCUACAAUAUGAUUACUUUUGAUGAACCAAAACCAACAUUUAGUAUUCUCAAGAAAAUGCUUAUGUUUCAAAAUCAUGUAAUUUUUCAUACGAAACAUAAAUUUCAAAUGGUUCUUGCUCAAAUCGAUAAUUCUUACUAUUUAGCUGCACUUCAAAAAGACGAAUCAUCUAACGUAACAACAUCAAUUAGUUCUGCACGACAAUGUGUUUCUGUUGAUGAAGUUUUGAAUACUAAAUUAUUAGUAUUACCACGAAUUCAACGGUUGAAAAGUUAUCAUAUCCUAUGUCAACGUGAUUUUAAUCUACAAUGUUUUGUGGAUGAAUUUUACAUGUGUCUAUGCACGAAAGAGCAUCAUAGUAAUUGUUUUCUAUUAGAUCAUCAAUUGAGUUUUAUCUGUGAAGAUAAUGUUUAUUGUGAAAAUGGUGGAACAUGUUUACGAGAUCGCCCUAUGUGUUUUUAUAGUAUUCUAUGUAUAUGUCACGAUUGUUUCUUUGGUGAUCGAUGUCAAUUUUAUGCUAAAGGUAUUGGAUUAACAUUAGAUGAUUUAUUACGUUAUGAAAUUCGACCUAAUAGUACAUUAAAUGAUCAAUCAUUAGUAAUUAAAUUAAGUGCAGUGUCUGUUAUGAUUAUAUUUCUAAUUGGUUUACUGAAUAGUUUUUUUGGUUAUAUAGUUUUUCAUAAUCCUAAUUCUCGUAAAGUUGCCUCCGGGAUUUAUCUUCAAUUAUCAUCAAUUAUUUCCACACUUGUUGUUAGUACGUUAAUCAUUAAAUUUUGGUUUGUAACAUAUACAUAUAUGAAUCCAUUGAUUAAUCGAAAAAUACUUCGAGUUGGAUGUUUAUUAUUUGAACCAAUGCUUCGUUUUUUUCUACAUAUGAGUAAUUGGCUUAAUACUUGUGUAGGUAUCGAUAGAGCAAUGACAGUUUUUCAAGGAACUAACUUUAAUAAGAAAAGAAGUCGAUGUAUUGCACGAUGGAUUGUUUGUCUUUUACCAUUUCUCAUUUUAAGUUCAAUGAUUUAUGAAUUUAUUCAUCGUGAUUUGUUUGAUGAUUAUGAAGAACGACGUGUUUGGUGUGUACUUCCUUAUUCUCAAUCAAUUGAAACAUAUACGACAAUUGUUCAAUAUUUUCAUUUUGUUGCUCCGUUUUUAGCGAAUUUAAUUUCAGCUAUUUUUAUUAUUGUAUAUAUAACUCGUCUAAAAACAAUUGUUCGAUCUCAAUUUAGUUAUCAACAACAAUUACUCGAUCAAAUUAACCACCACAAACAACUUGUUAUCAGUCCUGUAAUCUUAGUCAUUCUAUUGUUUCCUCGUUUUCUCGUUUCAUUAUUAUCAACAUGUGUUAAAUCGUCUCGAAAUCCAUGGUUGUAUCUUUGUGGUUAUUUUGUUUCAUUCAUUCCAUCAUCUUUUAUCUUUAUAAUAUUUGUUUUACCAUCGACUUUCUACAGGAAAGAAUUCAUAAAAACAAUUACCAGUUGGAGACAACGAUUUAUGAGACUGUUGAGACAGUGA